GGACAUAGGAGAAGAAAAAGUUGGAACAGUCCAGCACAGUUGUUACGUGUAAAUUAUUGGAUUACAUGCAGUUCGCCUCCAUUGGCCAUCCAUUUUGGAAGAUAAUUCCACUGUUUGAAUGCUGAGGAGUAACUGUUUCUGAGAGGAGGAUGUCUGUGUCGGGGAAGAAGGAAUUUGACGUGAAGCAGAUCCUCAGGCUCCGCUGGCGCUGGUUCAGCCAUUCAUCCCAAGGUUCGGCUGGCGGUGGAGGAGGCAGCGGCGGCGGGGUGGGAGGUUACAUUCAGCAGGAUGGCCUGGACCACAGAGGGACGCCCGUCCAGGGCCGGCUGAAGAGUCACUCACGGGAGAGAGGCGUUGGAGGACUACGGAAGAAUAACAGCCCGGUCCACAGCAUCUUGGCACAGACGACAGGGCCCACACCUGUCUACGUCAGAGCGGGUCAACAAUCAUGGCAUCAGCAGAACACCAUCCAGGGUCUCCAGGUCAACGAGGAAUCUUCAAAGAGCAGCUCCUCGCCGAGCACCACGAGGAAAGAGGACGCCAUCACCGGCCAGGAAGAUGUGAAGAACAGCACAGAGGAACCUGCAGAGGUGGAGGCCAGAGAGAGGUUGGCUCUGAGCACCUUCUCCAGAAUGAACAACAACUCCUCCGAUGAGUUUUUCCAGGCCACAAAUCAUGCGGAACAGACUUUCCGUAAGAUGGAGACCUACCUCCAGCACAAGCAGCUGUGCGACGUCCUAUUGAUAGCAGGGGAUCAUAAGAUACCUGCUCACAGACUGGUCCUAAGUGCCGUGUCGGACUACUUUGCUGCUAUGUUCACCAGCGACGUGAGAGAGGCAAAGCAGGAGGAGAUCAAGAUGGAGGGAGUCGACCCGGAGGCCCUCAGAUCCCUGGUUCAUUUCGCCUACACCGGCGUCCUUGAGCUGAAAGAGGAGACCAUUGAGAGUUUAUUGGCGGCAGCUUGCCUCCUCCAGCUCUCACAAGUCAUCCAGGUUUGCUGUAACUUCUUGAUGAAACAGCUGCAUCCCUCCAACUGCCUGGGAAUACGCUCCUUUGCAGACGCCCAGGGCUGUGUGGACCUACUCAACGUGGCUCACAACUACACCAUGGAACACUUCCUGGAGGUCAUUCAGAACCAGGAGUUCCUGCUGCUCCCCACGGCUGAGAUUGUCAAGCUGCUCUCCAGUGAUGACAUCAACGUCCCCGACGAGGAGACCAUCUUCCAGGCUUUGAUGAUGUGGGUGCGACACGACGUCCAGCAUCGACAGCAGGACCUCGGGGUGCUCCUCGCCUUCAUCCGCCUGCCUCUUCUUCCUCCACAGCUCCUUGCAGAUCUGGAAAACAACAAGAUGUUCUCCGAUGAUCUGGAAUGCCAAAAGCUGCUGAUGGAGGCCAUGAAGUACCAUCUCCUGCCUGAGAGACGUCCCAUGUUUCAGAGCCCAAGAACCAAACCCAGAAAGUCCACUGUGGGCGCACUUUAUGCUGUAGGAGGGAUGGAUGCUACCAAAGGCUCCACCACCAUAGAGAAGUACGACCUGCGGACUAACACUUGGGUCCAGGUUGGAGUCAUGAACGGACGCCGGCUGCAGUUUGGUGUCGCAGUGAUAGACAACAAGCUGUAUGUGGUCGGAGGGAGAGAUGGACUCAAGACGUCCAACAUGGUGGAGUGCUACAAUCCGAUCAAUAAAGUGUGGUCCACCAUGCCCCCCAUGUCAACACACAGACAUGGACUUGGUAUUGCUGUGCUGGAGGGCCCCAUGUAUGCUGUGGGAGGCCACGACGGAUGGAGCUACCUCAACACAGUGGAACGCUGGGACCCGCAGGCCAGACAGUGGAACUACGUGGCCAGUAUGUCGACACCACGGAGCACCAUGGGAGUCACGGCACUCAAUGGAAAAUUGUUUGCAGUAGGUGGUCGAGACGGCAGCUCGUGCCUGAGGUCGAUGGAGUGCUUCGAUCCGCACACCAACAAGUGGAGCAUGUGUGCUCCCAUGGCCAAGAGGCGAGGAGGAGUGGGCGUGGCGACGUACAACAACUUCCUGUAUGCUGUAGGCGGACACGACGCCCCCGCCUCCAACCACUGUUCUAGACUCUCCGAUUGUGUUGAAAGGUAUGACCCAAAGACGGACACGUGGACCACUGUGUCCUCCCUCAGUGUUCCCCGGGACGCCGUGGGUGUUUGUCUGCUGGGCGACAGGCUUUAUGCUGUGGGUGGAUACGAUGGCCAGUCAUAUCUGAACACGGUCGAGUCCUACGACGCACAGAACAAUGAGUGGACUGAGGAGGUCCCUCUCAACAUUGGCAGGGCAGGCGCCUGCGUGGUGGUGGUGAAAUUGCCUUGAGCGCUUUGUCUCACGACAGCAUGGGAAACAAAUGAGAGCGCGGCGAAGAAGAGUGGACAAACAAAACAACGGAUCAAGGACACAUCCUUCGAGAGUCGUGUGUUUUUUUUUUUUCUCCUUUAACUCUGCUUUCCACAUUUUUCAGAUGGGAGACACAGGCAGAGCCUUGCCCAUAAACCGUUGUUUCUAUCAUUAGUGGACAUGCCUGCCCACUGGGGAGGACUUAUUCAGAAACUGGAAUGCACUGCACAUUCUCCACAUUCUCAACCGAUCAAGAAUUUUCAUAGACUUGGCUAAAGCUGUAGCAAGUGCCAAGCCUUUGUUGUACUGCUUUGUUAUACUAGUUUUAUGAAAUGUUCUGUGUAUGUCCGUAAAUGUCAAAGUUACAUUUGAAGUAAAUAAGCCUGCAGGUUAGUAUACAUCUAUACAGAGACUUUUCUUAUCAGUGCCAUCACAUACAGUACAGUAUAUUUUGGGGUUUGUAUUCCACUUUAUAGCCACUGAAAGUUGCUAUGAUACAUACUGUAAAUGUAACCUGUGUCUUUCCUUAGUGGGUGGUCUGAACAGAUUUGUACUCUAUAGGGAAGAAGACCACUGUGAACAGGAGUUUGUCCAGGUUGGUUUAAAAGAACGGGAAUGAAAUCAAACUUUUUUGCUGAAUAAUAUAUUUCUUUUUUUAUUGAGCCUGUAGCUACAGAACACCAAAGUCAUUUGCUUGUCUUGGAAGUCUUGUUACGCAUUAAAUAAAAAAAAGUUUACAAAAUUGUGAACUGCAGAAAAAUAUAUCAUAUUGAUAUUUCACAUUGCUGUACAGAUUUAUUUGUGAACUUUCUGAAACUACAUUGGUGUUGAUAGGAUCAUGCCUUCACUCUGGUGACUACAGUUAUUAUUCUUUAUUUCUGGGCAUGCUGGCUGAGCGAAUGUUUUAUUUGAUUUACGCAAUAUUAUAUAUCAACAUCACUGUUCUGAAUUUUUAAGGAUAUGAUGCCUUUUUUGGGGUGGUGUAUAUGAUCUUAUCAUUUGCAUCACAACCAUUGGAAUAACACAGAAGAAACAGCAAACUAUGGCUAACCAGGUGCAUCCAAACCAGCUAUCUGAGUCUGAUGUGACUCUGAAAACGAUUUGUAACUGCAAUUAUAACAUGUUUUUGGGGCCAAAUGUUAGUUUUUAUCAUAAUUUUGUACAGCAUGCAAACCUAUAAAUAAAAUGACUUCAGUCUUCUCUGCACGUUCAAA